CCGGCCCCGCUCCAUCCCUCCGCCCUCCUCCCUCCCGCAGCCGCACCGAGCCACAGACCGCGGCGGGGCCGGGCAGGGCCGCACCAUGACCGAGACCACCAAGACCCACGUUAUCCUGCUGGCCUGCGGCAGCUUCAACCCCAUCACCAAGGGGCACAUCCAGAUGUUCGAGCGAGCCCGGGAUUACCUGCACAAGACCGGACGCUUCAUUGUCAUUGGCGGCAUCGUCUCGCCCGUGCACGACUCCUAUGGGAAAACGGGGCUAGUCUCUAGCCGGCACCGCUUGACCAUGUGCCAGCUGGCCGUGCAGUCCUCCGACUGGAUCAGGGUGGACCCCUGGGAGUGCUACCAGGACACCUGGCAGACCACCUGCAGUGUGCUGGAGCACCACCGUGACCUGAUGAAGAGAGUGACUGGCUGCAUCCUGUCCAAUGUCAACACACCCUCCAUCACCCCUGUGAUCGGCCAGCCCCAGAACGAGUCCUCGCAGAACAUCUACCAGAACAACAACAACAUCUCCAGCAAGCCCACUGCGGCAAAGAUCUUGGGGAAGGUAGGAGAAAGCCUGAGCCGGAUUUGCUGUGUUCGCCCGCCCAUGGAGCGCUUCACCUUUGUGGAUGAAAAUGCCAACUUGGGGACAGUGAUGAGAUAUGAGGAGAUUGAGCUUCGCAUCUUGCUGCUCUGUGGCAGUGACCUGCUGGAGUCCUUCUGCAUCCCUGGGCUCUGGAAUGAGGCAGAUAUGGAGGUGAUCGUUGGGGAGUUUGGGAUCGUGGUGGUGCCCCGGGACGGAGCAGACCCUGAGCGGAUCAUGAACCACUCCUCCAUACUCCGCAAGUACAAAAACAACAUCCUGGUGGUGAAGGACGACUCAAACCACCCCAUGUCAGUUGUCAGCUCCACCAAAAGCAGACUGGCCCUGCAGCACGGGGAUGGACAUGUUGUGGAUUACCUCUGCCAGCCUGUCAUUGACUACAUCCUCAAGAGCCAACUCUACAUCAACGCCUCUGGCUAAGUGCCCCAGAUCCUGCAGCGAGACAGCCCUCGUGUCCCGCCUGCCUACAGCUCUGCAUCACUCUUUUCUCUCUCUCAGUCCGUGUCUCCAUCUCUCUCCCCAUCCCAUGGCCUCCUGCCCGUGUCUGCCUCUCACCCCCAGCACCAACACUCUGUUGUGCAGCCAUGUCCAGGGAAUGGUUUGAUCUCUUUUUCUGGGGUACUGCCCUGCCCUGCAUGCAUGGGGAGGGAGGAGGAGCUGGUCAGGGAGCGACGUGCUCUGUGUGCUCCCAGCAUGUCCCUGGGAAAUGGUCCCCUCAGUCCAUCUUCCCAGCAUGCUUAGAGCAGGGGCUGCCUAUUCUGCAUCAUCUUACACAAUCUAAGCUCAAUAAAUCUGUGUGGAUCUUUUUUUUA